CCAAACAGCAUCCCCAGGUUUCGCGCACGGAUUUUUCUCUUCAACUUUACCCAGCGUCAAUCUUUGGAUGCACAGCCCAGCCACAGGAUUCCUUUCUGUCUCGUCUUGGUCCCUCCUGGGUAGUCUGUUUAUUGCUGUUUCGGAAGCCCCGUGGAGAGCUAGUUGCCCUCCUCUUGUUCCCUCUGUUUCCUUGAGUUAGUUUUCCGAGGUUUUACCGGGGCUCGAGAUCUCUUGGACCGAAUGGAACUUUUUGCUGCCUCUUUUUGCUGCUGAUUCUGUCAGUGGACGAGGAAAAAGGCUUCGGAGGCAGAAGAGGCGCAGGGGAGGUGGAGAAAGGUGGAGGAAGUGGACGAGGGGGAAGCCGAAGGGGCUCGGCGCGUGUGUGUGCGUGUGUGUGCAUGUGUGCAUGCGUGUGUGAGUGCAUGUGUGUGAGUGUUGCGGCUGCCCAGGACCCCCGGCCCCGAAGGUGUUGGCUGAAAUAUGGAGAAUAGUCUUGGAUGUGUUUGGGUACCCAAGCUGGCUUUUGUACUCUUCGGAGCUACCCUGCUCAGCGCACAUCUCCAAGUCACCGGUUUCCAGAUUAAGUCUUUCACAUCACUGCGCUUCCUGUCGGAACCUUCUGAUGCCGUCACGAUGCGGGGAGGAAAUGUCCUCCUGAACUGCUCUGCAGAGUCUGACAGAGGAGCUCCAGUUAUCAAGUGGAAGAAAGAUGGCAUCCACCUUGCCUUGGGGAUGGACGAAAGGAAGCAGCAACUUCCAAAUGGCUCUCUGUUGAUACAAAACAUACUUCACUCCAGGCACCAUAAGCCAGAUGAGGGACUCUACCAAUGUGAGGCAUCUUUAGGAGAUUCUGGGUCAAUUAUUAGUCGGACAGCAAGAGUUGCAGUGGCAGUUAAACAAGACUAUUCUAGAGCAAAGAUGUCCUGGCGAUACAGUGGUCAGCCGUCUUGGUUUAACCUGGACUGA